UGCCAUAGCAGCCUUUUUACAACACAGACAGCGUGAAGAUGGAGUACAGCACAGCCGCUCGUUUCCACGACUCAAUAACACAGUUUAAAGUCUACGAAGAUUAUCUCGACUCCAAAGUCACGCCAAUGGAUUUAUUUUACUUAAAAAGCAGAGAGUUGGCCCGUAAGCUGGUGGAGCACGGCCACAAGGGCACGGUCCUGAGCAGGGAGGAAUUUGAGGAGAAGAAAGCAGCUGCACAGGCUGCAGAGGCUGCGAAGAGCAACACUUUCUAUAACAGGAGCCGGCCAAUUCAGGAAAGUCAUGGAGACAUGGAAAGGAAAUCUCUUCUACAAUGUCAAAGCAGGACACUGGCAAGUGCAGGAAAAGAACUCAAAGAUAACUUCCUGAAAGCCCUGGCAGAGCGAGAGGAGGCCAACCGCAGUGGGAAAAUGACUUCGGUCAUUUUCAUAAGGGAUCAUAAUACUCUUGGACAGGAAGUAUCUGGCUAUAUAGACUACGCCCACAGACUCAAGACCCAAGAUUUUGAACCAUAUUUCAGCGGAAAGAAGAGGCUCAUGCCAGGACGCUCGGAUUUAUGCUACUACAACUGGAAGACACAGGUGUCCACGUCCAACUCAAGCCCUAACUUUGAGGUGAUUUAUGACGACCCUAACGGCCUUCUCUUUAAGAACAAGAGGGACAAAAAGAUCCUGAAUGUGGAACCCUUGUCUGGUCCUGGUGAGGACUCCAACAGGACAUUCCUACAGUCGGACCUCUACAUCCAUGUAGUCAUCUACGACCACAACAUCAGAACAGUCUAAGCUUCAGAGGCUAUAUUGGAGAGCACUGGAAGCCUCUAAUUUGACUGAGUUGCUGUAGUUGCACCAUCACUUACAAACUGUUCCCCUCAUAUCAUGCAUGCCAUCUGGGUGGAGGUGCUGGAGUUGAUAUAAUGUCUAAACUGAGCAUUCCCAGAGGAAGAAGUGGAUGGACUAGUGUGACAACAUGGAAGUGUCUUUGCAAAUAACCUGAGAUUUAUGUAACUUUAGAUUUCGUGAUAUUAUACAGCUCAGACAUUCUACAGGCAUUCCCCAAGCAGCACUCUUAGUUAGGGGCAGAAAUCUGCUCGGGGACCCGGGCUCGUCCCAUCGUUUGGCCUGGCAUGUUUUGGGCUGUUUGUCUAAACAAAUUAAAGGCGUAAGAGCUUUGAAAGAUGAUGGGGGUUGCUUUUAUGUCCUCCCCCAGGCUGCGGUAGCUCCAAUUGGACUGGAAGAAUGGGUAAUGGGCUUAAAGCAUUCCGCAUGUUCCCAGAUGCAAGGCACACUUUACAGGACAUCAAAGUGCUCUAUCAUUUACAUAUUAGUCAUUCACUAUGACAUUUUUUAAUGAAAGACAACUCUACAAAUAACCUGCUGUAAGAAUUAUUUAGGAAGUACAGAAGACAUUUAGCAACUUACUCCCUUUUAAUUUCUGGAUUUUAAUUUUUUGCAUUUGUUAAUGAAACACAUGGUAGGAAUCAAUCCCACCACAAGAAACAUUAUCUAUGUCUAUAAGCUAACAAAUUACAGGGUCUUUGCUAUUUGUUCAUUAAUUUGUUGUCUGUAGACUCUGUAGACACAUAGUUGGAAGUGUGGGGGGGGGACGACACUUUUUCCAUUUAGUCACAAGGAUACAUCUUGCACAUGUACCAGCUCUGUGGAGGCAUUUUCGUACAGUUCUAACCAUGGAGUACAGUAUCCACGUUUAUACAUCCAUCAACUUUUGACUCAGGAAUGCACUUUUUAUCCAUUCUUUUAAUUGCUCCUCAAACUUAGUCCCGCAUGGAUGCACAUCUACAAGAAUGUAGUUUCUUUUGAGGAUAUCACAACAGAAUCGCCUUUGUUUGACAUUUUUUGGGAGAUUUGAUUAUUUGCUUUCUGAGAGUUAGAUGAGAAGAGACCUCUCUCCUGUCUGUAUGGCAAAUAUGAAACUACAGCCAGCAGCUGGUUAGCUUAGCUUACCAUAAAGACUGGAAACAGGGGGAAAUAGCUAGACUCUCCAAAGGUAACAAAAUCCAUCUAUCAGCACCUCUAAAGCGCACUAAUUAACAAUGUUAUAUAUCAUUUGCUUAAUCCGUACAAAAAUCAAAGUUGUGGUUUUACAGGGGAUUGUGCCAGACUCUUUCUUGGCUGGGAGCCGGCAAAGUGAGAAGUGGAGAAGCAGGAUUUUUGUACCUUUGGACAGAGCCAGGCUAGCUGUUUGUCUUGACAAUAAGCUAAGCUAACUGUCUCCUGUCGGUAGCUUAAUAUUUAAUGCACAGAGUGGAAUCGAUUUUUUUUUUUUCAUCUAACUCUCUGCAAGAAAUCAAAUCUGUGUUUCCCAACAUGUUGAACUAUUCCUGCAGCCACCCUGAUACCAGAGCAGCCUUCUACUGGCUGCAUCUGACUGAAUUGGGCCCUGUUAGCCUCAUUGAAACAAUAUGUGUGGUGACAUGUUCUGGUUCUGUAAAAGUAGGGGUUUGGGGAGUUGGGCUCUGGUUUUGGAUUUUCUUAGUCAGUGAGUUUCUGUUGGGGAUUUUUUUGGGGGGUUUAGAAGAUGCAAUUUUUGGGCCUGUGGGGUGAUAAUGAACAAAGUUUGUGAAGGUCUUAAGGAGUUAUAAAAAAACAAUGUGUUAGACUGGGUCGAGGGGAGGUCCCUGUUUAUUUAGUUUUCUCCUUUUCUGUCUUUCAAAUGUGUUUUUGUUGUUGUCUUUAAACAAUUUUUAAAUGUCUAUUUUGAGUGGUUUGUGUUAAAACAGCUCUGAAAAACUGGUUUGUCUUUACUAUUGUCUCAACAAAACUAACUGGACUAACAAGGAUGAGAAGCACAUUCAAAUUUGGCAGAAGGAUUGCGUUGGGAAUGUCAUUUCCUCUUUGACCUCUUUCUAAAAGGCCAGAUUUAACCCCGGGGUGAGGGUCCACCUGACUAUCUCACUAUCUGCCCUGCUUUGAUUGUUUAUGUGUUGGAAGUAAGAACUCAAACUAGUCGAGUGGCAAAUGAACAAUUCACUCUCAUCUACAGCUGUUUAGGUUUACAGGCCGCAGCUCAUUCAUGUGGCCCGGUGAUGCUGGGGGAACUAACCCGCUCUGCUCUCCCUCCCUGAAAGUGGCAUCAGUCAUUCCAAACACCUACCAAUCAAAACAGCAGAUGUGCACAUGAAAAAUACGCAGUUGAAUUGACAAACAAACAAACAAGUAUCACUCAUGAAAUUCCCAGGCUAUUUUUUUAUGUGCCUUACCUCUGUGGAAGACCAAACCUCAAAAAAAGUUGCUGGAACUCACCCAAACAGAUCAUGUGUCUGUAAAUAGUAAUGAUUCACAAUAAAGUCUAUUUUAAAUGGUUA